AUGAUGUCAAAUACUGCACGUGGGGAAGCAAAAUGUCAACACAACUUAAAGAACCUUCGUUAAAAAACUUAACGACAGGAGAUUACGGGAGAUUAAAACCCCAUCAACACCAGCCUCUGCAAGACCUUACAAAACCACACAUUGAUUCCUUCAAUGCAUUGAUCCAUGGUGGAUUAUCACGAGCAGUGCAGACUAUUCCGCCAGUUGAUUUUGCCUUGCCAAAUGGAGACAGGGUUGCAUUUAAGAUGCUGGAUGCCACAAUAUCAUAUCCAACAGUGGAUUUAGGGAACAAAUAUGCACAGACACUCAAAGUUUAUCCGGCUGAGUGUCGUGAGCGGGGGAGUUCGUACCUGGGCAGUCUGAGCAUCAGUAUGCUCUGGAAGGUUAAUGGAAGGAUACAGGGCACAGUCGAAAGGAAGAUCGCCGACGUCCCCAUCAUGGUCAAGUCCAGCGUCUGCAAUCUAAACGGUCUUACUCCGAAAGAGUUAGUGCGUAGAGGUGAAGAGGCUGAGGAAAUGGGAGGGUACUUUAUUUCUAAUGGUAAUGAGAAAGUGAUCAGAAUGCUGGUUAUGCCGAGGAGGAACUUUCCCACCUGUAUAAAUCGUCCAUCCUGGAAGAACCGCGGGAAACAGUACACAGAGUACGGUGUGUCUCUACGCAGCGUAGGAGAGGACAACAUCGGAGUGAACAAUGUCCUGCACUACUUGUCCAAUGGAUCUGCCUCCCUCUGCUUCAGCCAUCAGAAGGAAAUGUUCUUUGUACCUGUGGUCUUCAUUCUAAAGGCUUUACACAAUGUGACAGACAAGUUUAUAUAUGAUCAGCUGAUCCAAGGCAAGGAAGACAACUCCUUUUACAAAGGGUGUGUCAUAGCCAUGUUACGUCAUGCGCUAUCAGAAAAUCUUACCACCCAGAAAACGGUGCUGGCUUAUAUGGGGGAAAUAUUCCGUGUGAAACUUAAUCUCCCACCCUGGUACACCGACCAAGAUGUGGGGGAAUACUUAAUCAAGUACUGUAUAUGUGUACACCUGGACAACAAUGUGGACAAGUUUCACCUCUUGGUCUAUAUGACGAGGAAGCUGUUUGCAUUUGCCAAGGGUGAGUGUGCGGCUGAGAGCGCAGACAAUCCAAUGUUUCAGGAACUGCUGCUAGGGGGGCAACUGUAUGGGAUGAUUCUUAAGGAAAAACUCCACGACUGGAUGAUAUCUGUGAAGAGUUCCAUUGAUAGGACUGCUAAAAAUUACAAGGAGCAGGAAUAUGUCCUUACAGAGGUAACAAUGAACGAUGCUCUAAGACACACGACCAACAUCACUAAGUCCAUGGAAUACUUCAUGGCCAGUGGCUCCAUCCACUCGCGGAGUGGACUGGGUCUGAUGCAGGUCACCGGAUUAACAGUGGUGGCGGAUAAGCUGAACUUCUUCCGAUACAUCUCACAUUUCCGCUGUGUACACAGAGGGUCGUUCUUCAGUGAGAUGAGAACAACGGCAGUCAGAAAACUCCUUCCUGAAGCCUGGGGUUUCCUCUGUCCUGUCCACACCCCUGACGGUAGCCCCUGCGGACUACUGAAUCACUUAACGGCCCUCGCAGGGGCUGUGACAUCUCACCUGAGUAACAAACACCUUGCCAGCCUGUUGUUCUCCAUGGGAACGACCCCGUGUGACGCCCCGGCCAUGGCCCCCAUGUCCAAGUGCUUCACUGUAUUCCUAGAUGGAAGGAUUCUGGGAUACCUUCACGAGGACAUCGCUCAGAGUGUGGAAAAGAGGCUCAGGUUCAUGAAAGUCAAAGGUCUCAGUAAGGUUCCCCCAAUGUCAGAAAUCUGUCUUGUACCUAAAACAAAGUUUGCCAGCCAGUACCCUGGUCUGUACAUAUUUACAAGCACUGCACGAAUGAUUCGUCCUGUGUGGAACCUUGCUACAGAUUGUAAGGAGUGGAUAGGGACAUUUGAACAAGUGUACAUGGACAUCUGUAUCACACCCGAAGAGGCCAUCCAAGGGGUUACAACACACCAGGAGCUUAGUGAGGUCUCCAUGCUGUCCACUGUAGCUCAGUUCACACCUUUCUCUGACUUCAACCAGAGUCCUCGAAACAUGUACCAAUGUCAGAUGGGUAAGCAGACUAUGGGGUUCCCCGUACAUGCCCUGGACCGGCGGGCGGACAACAAGCUGUACAAACUCCAGACCCCCCAGUCCCCCGUGGUCCGGCCGGUGAUGUACGACCACUACGAGAUGGAUACCUACCCGCUGGGUACUAAUGCCAUCGUGGCUGUCAUGUCAUACACUGGAUAUGAUAUGGAAGAUGCCAUGAUUUUAAACAAGUCGUCCUUUGAACGAGGGUUUGCACAUGCCAGCAUUUAUAAAUCACAGAUUAUUGACUUAAACAGUGACCACCAUGGGCGCAUUCUACAAAUAUUUGGCUGUCUCCCCGAUAACUCUCAUUUCUUGGGUGACCGUCUGACAAAGGAGGGGCUGCCCCACAUAGGAACCUACUUACAGAGGGGAGACCCUUUCUACAGUACAAUCAAUAUACAAACUGGUAAGUCCCGUGAAUAUAGCUAUACCUCUGAUGAACCGGCUUACGUGCACCAGAUUAAAGCCCUGGGGGACACAACAGGAAUACAGGAGCUGUCUCGAGUCUGUAUUGUCCUUAGGGUCAAGAGAAACCCCAUCAUUGGAGACAAGUUUUCUAGUCGUCAUGGACAGAAAGGUGUUUGCAGUAUGAUGUGGCCAGUAGAGAACAUGCCCUUUACAGAGAGUGGAAUGACUCCAGACAUUUUGUUCAAUCCUCAUGGCUACCCAUCCAGAAUGACCAUUGGGAUGAUGAUAGAGAGCAUGGCGGGUAAGUCGGCCUCCCUCCAUGGCGUGUGUCACGACGCCACGCCCUUCCAGUUUUCCGAGGAGGAACCGGCCAUUGAUCACUUUGGAAAACUCCUGGUCAAAGCUGGAUAUAAUUAUUACGGCACAGAGAGGAUGUUCAGUGGGGUAAACGGCCAGGAGUUGGAGGCAGACAUCUUUAUAGGGGUGGUCUACUAUCAGAGACUCAGGCACAUGGUGUCAGAUAAAUUUCAGGUCAGAACAACUGGACCGGUUGACCCCCUUACUCAUCAGCCGGUCAAAGGUCGCAAACGGGGUGGAGGGGUCAGAUUUGGUGAAAUGGAGCGUGAUGCACUGAUUGCUCAUGGAACAUCUUAUCUCCUUAAAGAUAGACUGUUGGAUUGUUCCGAUGUCAGCAAGGCCAGAGUUUGCACAAGUUGUGGAAGCAUCUUAUCCCCAUAUUUAGAAAAACUAAGGAUGGGCUCGGUGACGGAUGCGUCGGAGCGUAACCGCCGCUGGACCUGCAAGGCGUGUAAACAGAAGGACUCGGUUCAAACCAUCACCCUACCAUUCGUGUUCAGAUACCUCGUGGCAGAACUCUCAGCCAUGAAUAUCAAAGUGAAGCUUGACGUGGCCCCAAUUAGUAGUCAGUGAUGUGUGUGAUGGGAUGUUGUGUGUCGAUUAUAGAAACUGUUUGUGUGUGGAAGUAUGUGAACAGUUAUUGAUAUGAGAGAGAGAGAGAGAGAGAGAUGUACAAUUAAGUACAAACGUACCUAUGAGGACUUUAUUCUUGUUAUGUUAAUUUACCAUGUUAUGAAUUUAUGCAAAUAAAUUGAAUAAUGAAUGAA